AUGACAGAAUACCUUGGUAUCUGUAUUCUAUUUCAGCAUGGUCACGUGCAUCUCUGUCUCCGGGAGAUGGUUCUAGAGCAGUAUGGCAAGGACACAUGGGACGCCGUUCUAAAGGAGGCCUCGCUUGAUGAUGACAACGAUUUUAUGUUAUUUCAUUACUACGAAGACACGCGGACAAUCAGUUUGGUGGUAGCUAUAUCUAACAACACUGGUCUGGAUGUGAGCGGCGUGCUGGAAUCGUACGGACAUUAUUUCUACUUUUACGCCACCAGUCGAGGAUACGAUAGGAUGUUACGAACUCUUGGCAAGGACUUCCACACCUUCGUACAGAACCUUGAUCUUUUACAUUCUCUCCUCGCCCUCACAUACAAAGGCAUGCGGCCACCUCAUUUCCGGUGUGAGAAAAAGGACGGGAAGUUGUUUGUCCACGUGUUUACAGUACGCCCUGGGAUGUUUCCGGCGGCCAUCGGGAUGCUAACUGAAGUUGCUCGCCAAAUUUUCGAUACUCGAAUCAACAUGACUGUGGUGACUAGGAAAACAGGAGAAAUAUUCAAACACAAGUACUGUGAACACGUGAUCACAGAGGUCAAGGUCCUUGAAGAACAAAAAAUAGCAGCCAUUACUGGAGAGGAUGAAGUCAUGAAAAACCAUGUGCAAAGCCAGCUACAACAACUUGCGCAUGCACGAGACAACUAUGUGGUGGCUGUUCCAGAAAUUAGUCUGAAUACCGCAUUGCCCUUCAGUGUUGUUUUCGAUAGAAACAUGUUCAUCCAAAGUGCAGGACUCCAUUUAAAAACUCUUUGUGGUGAAAUCCAACAAGAACGUGCUAAAAUUAACGACAUCUUUGAAAUUAAGGAACCAGAGAUGAAAUUUGACUAUAACGCCAUUAUGAGUUGUAACAGUUCUUAUAUGUAUUUUUUUCUUCAACCAAAAGAGAAGAAUUACAAUGGGACACCGCCUAAAUCAGACUGCCCCGUCUUAAGAGGUCACAUGGUACCUUUGGAGGACAAAGAAGAGGUCAUGUUUAUCGGUAGCCCGCACUUCGACAGCUUGGGAGACCUUAUUUCCUCUACAACGUAUCUGACAAACAUUCCUCAAGACAACAUGACCAUGGAAAUAAUGUUUAUGAACGAGCAAAGACGAGCGGAUGUGGAAAUGAGUAAGAAACUUGACGAGACUACAGCGGCCAUGAAAAAGCUUGCAGCAGCUCUUGAUCAGGAAAAGAAAAAAACGGACAUGUUGUUGUAUCAGAUGCUUCCGGUCAAAGUGGCCAAUCAGCUGAGAGACGGUAACACUGUAAAAGCAGAAAAACAUGAAAAUGUAACCAUCCUGUUCAGCGACAUUGUUACUUUCACAAACAUGGCAGCCUUGUGUCAUCCAAUGGACAUUGUAGAACUGCUUAAUGACCUAUUCCAGCGGUUUGAUCAGUUAACAACUAAGCACGACAUAUAUAAAGUGGAGACAAUUGGCGAUGCGUACAUGGUAGUGUCCGGAGUACCAGAGGCCAGAGACGAUCACGCCAUCAGGAUAUCUAGCAUGGGCCUCGAUAUGAUUCAAGAAACUAGUCACGUGAUUAAUCCCGUGUCUAAUAAAGCUAUCCAGAUUCGCGUGGGUAUCCACACGGGGUCCGUGGUGUCUGGAGUCGUUGGGAUGAAGAUGCCAAGGUACUGUCUGUUCGGUGACACAGUAAACACAGCUUCGCGCAUGGAAAGUCACGGACUUCCGGGACGUGUUCACAUCAGUAACACAACACACAGGGAAAUUCGGGAGGUGGGUUUUCUUUUAGAGAGACGCGGUGGAAUUGAGGUAAAGGGGAAAGGAAUCAUGGACACUUACUUUAUUAACGGUGUAUCUGAUGAUUUUGAUCUCGGCAGGAAAUCGUUAGCGCAGACUGAUAUAUAUCGAGAGCCUGAGCCCGAGCGAAUUGCAAUCAAGCGAGUUACAACAGAGUCAGAGCAGAAACCGAGGCCCGGGAACUCGUCAUUUUGUUCCGUCAUGUGAACUCCAUCAUUGUUGUAUUUGUUAUUUCCUUGUUAGUAUUAUUUGUUGUCAUUUUAUCAAUAAUUAUUAAAUC